AUGUCUUUGCCCGUGACUGACAUGGAUUUGCUGAGCUUCACCUUCGGGGGCCCCAAGCCCUAUAACCUCAACCAACCUUUAUUCAUUGAUGCUGAAGAUCCCUCGCGGUCUUUCACGGCAGCUCAAUUUCGUCAGUUGGUGCAGACCUUGAUUGCGGGUUUCAAAGCCCACAACAUCCAGCCUGGAGACUGUGUAUUGUUACAUCUGGGCAACAGUAUCGUUUAUCCCGCACUCUUCUUCGGUAUCAUUGGUGCCGGUGGAGUCUACAUGGGCUCCAACCCUCGCAGCCAGCCCCAAGAACUUGAUCAUAUCCUCGGCCUGGCGGAGCCCAAGUUGAUCCUCACCACCCGCGAGGCACUGGCCACCGUUCUCGAUGUCUCCACCCCCCGGGGCAUCCACCCGGCCCAAGUCUGUGUCGUCGAUGAGCGAGCUAUUGAUUAUUGUGCCCAGCUGUUCCUGUGGUAUGAACUUGGAUACUCCGCCGCAGGAUCAUUCAUUGGAAUGGGAGAUGCUCAGCACUCCAGCAUUGCGAAUCUCCUCUGUUAUGGCCAAAGUGACUGGGUGAGGUUCAACGAGUCCGUUGCAAAAACCACACCUGCAGCCAUGUUUUCGACAAGUGGCACAAGCGGCCUACCCAAGGCGGCUGUUCUGUCCCACCAUGCAAUUGUCUCACAACAUCGCUCGAUCUAUUAUGAUGUUCCAUAUCCGGUUAGCCGACUCAUGUCGCUACCCAUGUUCCACCUGUUCGGAGCCUUGUGGACGCAUCUCUUCCCUGUCCGAUACGGCCACCCGCUCUUCGUGCUCCCACGCUUCGAGGUGAACGAGUUCCUCACCACGGUGCACAAGUACAAAAUCUCCGAGACCUACUUGGUCCCUGCCAUCAUUCACUCUCUCAACCAAUCCACCCAGCCAGUGUCUGAAUACCUAUCUUCACUGCGUUAUGUUGGUGUCGCAGGUGCUUGUAUUGACGGGACCUCCAUCCAGACCUUCCGCGACCGUCUGAGCCCCUUGGCAUACGCAUGCCAGAUCUGGGGCAUGACAGAGGUAGGGGUGGUGUUCCAGACUCGUUACGGCCAGGCCGGAGAUCCAGCCAGUAUCGGCACCCAACUUGCUGGAUACGAGGUGCGCUUGAUGGACCAAGACGGCAUCGUCCAGGGUGAUCAGCGUGCCGGCGAGUUGUAUGUUCGUGGCCCCGGUUUGUUGAGUGCAUACAAGGGUCGGGCCGACGCCCUGGAGCCUGACGGAUGGUACCGCACGGGAGAUGUGGCAAUGGUCAAGCAGGGCCAGUUUUACAUCGUCGGACGUACCAAGGAGCUAAUCAAAGUUCGAGGGUCAGUUUUGCAUCUGGCCGUAUCCAUCGAUCAUACUAAUUCUAUUCAUAGAUGGCAAGUGGCUCCCGCCGAAGUUGAAGCCGUUCUCCUGCAACACCCUGGAAUCACCGACGCGGCUGUAAUUGGCGUCAACAAGAGUGGACUGGGCGAGGUCCCCCGCGCGUUCGUGGUUCGCUCCCGUGAACCCGGCAUGCGCCGCCUCACGGGCGAACAGGUGUAUCGCCAUGUGCGCCAACAUUUGGCAAGUUACAAGUCCCUCGAAGGCGGGGUGAUCUUCGUGGAAGAAAUCCCUCGUACCGCCAGUGGCAAAAUCCAGCGGUUCAGACUCGACCAGAUGAACACGUACCGCGAGAUGGUCGCAUCUCUUCUGUCGCGAUAUGAGGUGGACGGUGCAUCUGACAACCGACGACGACGCAGAAGGCAUGUACCUGUUGGCGUGGCGUCUGAGGGACGCGUCAGAGUCUGA